CUGUAAGGAACCAGUGACGGCAGUAUUAUCGGACUGACCAAGACUCCACGACAGGAAAUCGUUGUCGAACAUUACCUUGAAUUGUGUGGGGUUGUUUUUCCAAAACGAGACAUGAAGUUAAGUAUAACGUUGAUUGCGUUAUGUCUUGUCCCAAUGGUAUGGGGACAGAUACUGAACCAGGGUGGCGAUACGCUACAAGUCCAUAGCAAAGCAAUACUGGACUUACAGUUAAGGUUAUCUACUGUAGAACAUCUGCGCAAUGAAGACGCACUGCGCAUCGCUGAUCUUUCGAAACAGCAACAAAUUGACAAACGACGUAUUGCCGACCUUGAGAAACAACAUCAAAUUGACGACAACCGUAUUUCUGACUUUGUCAACAAAAGAGAUGAGGACAAUCGAACUAUAGCUGACCUUGAGAAAAAGCGACAAGAUGACCAUCAACGUAUUGCUGACCUUGAGAAACAGCAACGUGUUUUUCAACGCCGUAUUGCCUACCUGGAAAAGAACCCCAGAGUUGGUGAUCAACGUCGUUUAACCUACCCUCAGAAACAGGAACCUCGUAGAAACUUGGCCCCCAGUCAAAAAAUUGCCUUUAACUCGUUUACCAACAGAACAACCCGCAUGGUCGAUGGAAGACGCAUGGCUAGCGUUAGGAAAACGAGAAGUUUUGGACUCAAUCCCAGAGAUUCUGCGUUACCAAGUCCAACGUUGGAAACAAGCAACCAAGGCAUUAAAAAACGUGUUUCCUCAGACAACGGACGUUUGGUCGCUUUUUAUGCUGUCCUAACGCACAGUUACACGGAGGUGGCUAAACUUAUGGAAAUACAUUUCGACCAAGUGGUCACCAAUCUUGGUGGUUCUUACAGUGGAAACACGGGUACUUUCACGUGUACACAUGCGGGCGUGUAUGUGUUCUCGUGGACAGUACACGUGAAUCCUCGGUAUAUGUACACGGAACUAGUCAAAAACGGUAACGUGAUUGGGAAUGCGUUCUCUGGAGAUUCCCAGUUCAGCGGAAUCGGAGGAGGAUCCGUGGUUGUGCAGCUGGACCAAGGAGACGAAGUUUGGGUCCGACUAGGUGAACAUACAUCUGGAACUCAAAUUUUCGUCCAUACGCGUACGACAAUGUUUUCCGGAUUUCUUCUCCAAUAGCAAUGAUUUCUGGAUUUACUUACCAGUAGCCACAUACAGCACGUAUCUCAGAUGUUAACCUAUCACAUGUGAGUGUAGAGAAGACGAAAUAUACCAAUUACUUUGUUUUCAUGUUUUGUGUGAUUUAUAAAAACGAGGACAAGGUAGCCAACCUUUGUGUUGUUCUUAAUUUAGUAUGCGACAAGAUAAACUUGUUUGUACUUUAUAUUUGUAUUUAGAUAUGAAACGCUAUUUUAUCAUAGUGAUAUUUCUCUGUCUCCUUUUGUCUCUAUCACUCUGUCUAUCAGUCUCUUUAUAUCUCUACUCGUUGUACCCAUCAUGUCAUGUAAAAACGGUGUCUGCAAAUGAUUGGACCGUUUAAGAGUGCCAUUAUCUGUCAUUUAAAUGUCAUUACCCUGAACCGAUAGCAUGUCAUCCCAUCUGGUCACAUUAUACUGACAGAGAGAUAAAAAAAUAUAUAUAUAUAUAUAAAACGAACAGGAGAUAAAGAAAAGAAAUAAAGGGGUUCAAAAGUGCUGCAUGAUGGACAACAGCUCGUUUUGGUUUUGCAAUAAAAAACAUGAUUUAUCGCGUUAUGAUAAUGCCCGAUUACAGAUUAGCUACAUACAAACCCCGAAACCUGUCAAGUUUACCGUUACGUUGCCGCGCGGUUAUUUUGAUUUUCAGUAAAAACAUCAGACAAGUCUACUCGUAUCAGCCGCUAGGAGUCGUGUAAAGAGCUUUUGAUUUUGUCAAACAAAAACAAACAAAUGGCCCAGAUGGCCUGUAUCGCU